AUGGAGCUUUCUCAUUGUGAUCUCGGUCACGUCCUGCUGUCUCAUUCCGACCUGAACACAGACGGAACCUACCUAUGUGAGGUUUCAGCAGAAGCACCUUCUUUUCAUACUGAACGUGCCGAGAGAGAACUACGUGUUUAUGUUCUACCUAAAGAAGGCCCGAAAAUAACAGGAACCAAAUCACAGUAUCUUAUUGGUGAUAAAGUUGAAAUAAACUGUGUAGCAGCGCCAUCUAAGCCUCCUGCAAUUCUCAAAUGGCUUGUGAAUGAUAAGGAAUCUCCAAAAGAAAACCUUUGUCGACUGGAGAAUAUAAGGCACAAAAAUGGCUUACAAGCUUCCCAGAUGGGUUUACAUUUUGCUGUACAACCUUUUCAUCUGUGGAACGGAGUCCUCAAACUUCGCUGUACAGCUCUCAUCUCACAAGCUUACUCAAUGAGCAGUGAAGAAAUCAUUGUUGGAAAUACUUCCAGAGCAUCUGGAUUAUACUCCUCGGCGAAUAACCCUAUCAUCAAUGGAGGUCUUUUAAAAUACCAAGUUGGUGACAAGGUAAACGUCAACUGCUCCUCAGCGAAAUCUAAAAAACCUGCGACGCUUUCCUGGUUUAUAAACGACAGAAAGGCACAACCAGUUUCGUUGCUACGCUACCCUAUGACGCAGUAUGAAGGCGGAUUAAAGUCUUCAGCUUUAGGUCUUCAGUUUACAGUUAGAGCCCAUCAUUUCGACGAAGGAGAAAUGAGGCUUAAAUGUACAGCUACACUAUUGAAAGUCAUAAACACCAAUAGCAAAGAAACGAUAAUAGAAAGGCAUCAACAAACAUCUGGACUUCAUGUAUAUGGAACGUCUCCAGGAAAUAACAAAAGUGGAAAAUCAAUUCAUCGUUCUUGGAUGACUCUAACUUCAAUUGUCAUUCCUCUCACGUUGCAACUCAGCUUAGAAUAUAUUGUGUGACGUUUUUGUUUAUACCGACCUGUGGUCUUCUCUUUAAACUUGAAAGUAUGUUUAAUCAAUUUUCUUACACAGAAGGUGCAAUAAUAUUCAUAUAAUGUUGCCAUAGUGGCAGACAUGGUUAAUAGACACACACACACACAAAUGUCUUGGAGAUGUUAUUAAAAAAAACCCGUUAAGUUCAAUCAAAUUGUUCAUUUGUAGUUACAAUUCAUCUCAAGUGGACGCUCUUUCAAAUCUCACAAAUAAGACCACCAACCAAAGAUUUUUUACUUAUCUAACUUGUACCAUUUUUGUUUUAAAUUUGUAAAGACUGAAAUUUGUUGAUGAGCAUUUCAUGUAGUA